AUGGAUCAGAAUUUCUCCACAGUUCGGGAUGGCAAGCAGCUGCUGGCGCCGAGAGACAGAGACUCAUCCAAACGCGUGUUGACAGGAUGCUUCCUCUCCCUCCUAAUCUUCACCACACUGCUAGGCAACACGCUCGUGUGUGUCGCCGUCACCAAGUUCCGACACCUGAGGUCCAAGGUCACCAACUUUUUUGUCAUUUCGCUGGCCAUAUCCGACCUUCUGGUGGCUGUCCUGGUAAUGCCAUGGAAGGCAGCGAUGGAGAUCAUGGGGUUUUGGCCUUUUGGUGCAUUCUGCAAUGUGUGGGUGGCAUUUGACAUCAUGUGCUCCACUGCCUCCAUCUUAAACCUGUGUGUGAUUAGUGUGGACCGUUACUGGGCCAUCUCGAGCCCAUUUCGCUACGAGCGCAAGAUGACCCCAAAAGUGGCGUGUCUGAUGAUAAGCUUGGCGUGGACUCUGUCAGUCCUCAUCUCCUUCAUUCCUGUUCAGCUCGACUGGCACAAAGCUGAGACCACCAGCUACGUAGACUUAAAUGGAACGCUUCCUGAAGAUCUACCCCCUGAUAACUGUGAAUUCAGCCUUAACAGGACCUAUGCCAUCUCCUCCUCCCUUAUCAGCUUCUACAUUCCUGUGGCUAUUAUGAUCGUCACCUACACCCGCAUCUACCGCAUCGCUCAGAAACAGAUCAGGAGAAUAUCUGCGCUGGAGCGCGCGGCUGAGAGUGCCAAAAACCGUCACAGCAGCAUGGGGAAUAGCUCCAACAUGGAGAGCGAGAGCUCAUUCAAAAUGUCGUUCAAACGAGAAACCAAAGUCUUAAAGACCCUCUCGGUCAUCAUGGGGGUGUUUGUGUGCUGCUGGUUGCCCUUCUUCGUCCUCAACUGCAUCAUUCCUUUCUGCGAGGUGCCUGAAGGUUCCACUGAAUUCCCCUGCAUCAGCUCUACCAUAUUUGACGUCUUCGUGUGGUUCGGAUGGGCGAACUCCUCGCUCAACCCAGUCAUUUACGCCUUCAAUGCUGACUUUCGCAAGGCCUUCUCCAUCCUCCUGGGCUGCCACAGGCUCUGCCCAGGGAGCAAUGCCAUAGAGAUCGUCAGUAUUAACAACAACAUGGGCCACCCUACCUCAAACCCCAACAGUCAGUAUCAGCCCAAAAGUCACAUCCCGAAGGAUGGCAACCAUUCAGCUAGCUACGUGAUCCCCCACAGCAUCCUGUCCCAGGAGGAGGAGUUACAGAAGAAGGACGGAUGUAAAGGGGAGCUGCAGGUGGGGAUGGUGAACAACACACUGGACAAACUCUCCCCAGCUAUCUCUGGGAAUUUAGACAGCGAUACAGAGGUCACGCUGGAAAAGAUCAAUCCCAUCACACAGAAUGGACAGCACAAAGCCGUGACAUGUUAA